AUGAUUCAUUAUUCGGGCGGCCGUCUGUUCAUCCGCGAGCCCCAAACGAGAAUGUGGCGUCCGCCGCCGCAGAAGCCCUUGAGGAACACGGACGACGAAGUGGACUGCUCGCCGAUGCACCAUAUCAUGUACCGGCCGAUUUGCCAGACGGUCCGGCUCGAUCGCAGAAGGCCGCGACGAGAGAAGCGCCGACGGCUUCCCACUAUUGUCGAGAAUCUGUGCAUGUUCGAAUGGUUGCACAGGACCGAAGGUACGUCUUUUUUUUUUUGGGUCAGAAUCCAUUGCUUGAGUCUAAAAGAUGUCUGCGCAGACAUUUUGUGGUAAACAGUUGCGUUGACAUGUUUUGACCGAACAAAAACCCUCUAAAAUCGACCUGAUCACCUUUUCCACAUGGUGCAUCUAUCGCAACAGGAUUUUGAAAAGUCACAAAUGUCUAGACUACGAGCUGAAUGUGCUGGUAAUCAGAAAAAGUGCUCAAUGCUUUGAACUCUGAUCUCUACGAACUUUUUUGUCUAAAACAUGAAGAUCUCGCUUUUUAAAUGUCUGCUUGAGAUGAAAUUUGGUCAGAAACGUUUAAGUCAUGUGCUGCGGCUUUCCAAAUUGCGCCGAGCUCUAAAAAGUGCUCCGAACCGUAAGCUGCUAUGAAUUGUCCAUGUUUCUAUGCAAAAUUCGGUUCCUGCCCACUUUUUUUUAACUUUCCAAAGCUAGGACCCUUUUCAAACCCGGUUUCCUCGAACUUUCAUCGUUUUUGCAUUUGUAACUAGUGGUUUUUCGGUGCCUAAUUAUGCAAGUACACAAAAACCUUGGGACCACCUGGUUUCGAAUAUUGCGCAACCUACUCGUUUUUCCGUCCGAAUGUCUGUGCGUCAACUGCUCUUUCUCUCUCUCUCUCUCUCUCUCUCUUCUCUUCCCGUUUUCCAAAGAGAUAUAGGUCAGGUGGCGGGCCGGCGGAACAGUGUAAUAAAAGAAAGAGCCGGGGCGGCGAGCAGGUCAGUGUGCCCCCACCAGAUGGACCGAAUAAAUGUGCGGGGAGAACCGAAACGAGCGGGGCACAGAGAGAGAGAGAGAGAGAGGGCGUCUAAUCCAGUGCUCCUAAUGCAUAACCGAUUAGGCGCCGAGAGCAGAAAAGAGAGCUUACCUUGAAAUUGAUUUGCCGUCUUUCUUCAACUCUCGCACACGGUCUCCAGAGCUGAAGUCAAUGGGCGCGCAAGUGCGCCCCGCCCAAUAGACCGAUACAUUGGCGCGAAAUUCAAAUUUUAACAGCAAAUUUUGUGUUUUUUACCAGAUUAGCCACGAAAAACCGAUAAUUUCUCAUUUGUCUCUCGAUAGACCGAUUGUAUAGGCUAUUACGAAUUUUUUAAGCGCAAGAGCGUUAAAUUUUGUCAAGUCGCAAAUCACAUUUUUCCGUUUGAAGGUUUUUGGCUAAAACUGCGUGCAUUUCAGUUGCUUUUCGGUAGUUUUCGCGGUUCGAGCGCUCAAAAUGCUUGUAUUUACGGGAUUUAUCAUUCUCAAAACCAAUUCUGUCGGAAAACGGUCAAGAAAGUGCAAAAUGAGAAGUGCGGUUUUUAGGCGGCGAAGACGAAAAAGCAAAGACGGCGAAAAAUGCGCCAAAACGUCAUUAAUUCUGAGAAUUAGUGUGUUUUCAUGCCGAACAAUCAUUUUUCAUCGCCGUUGACGACAAAAAUCAGAGAAAACGUGCUCAAUUCAUGAAAACGCCAUUUGGCCGCCGAGGCCACGCCCAUAUUGUCAGCUCUGGAGACUGUGCGAUAUGUGAGAUUUCUGGCGUACAAAAAAUAGGUGUAUUGUACAGAAAACAUGGAAAGAACGCGCGGCCUCCCCUUCAAAAAUUAAUUAAUCGGCCGCCGCCGCGUAAAUCGACACAGCCCGCCUGUUGCAAGUGCGCCCCAUUGAAAUCAUUCGCGCCGUGGGAGACCGUGGCGCUCUCGGCUUCUUCUAGAACCUUCAAAAACGCAUAAAAUCAUCGAGCCGUUUCCCCUCAUUUCUCGCGCACAAACAUUUCUUCAUUUCUUCAUUUAUUUCUCACAGCACCCCCCCCGGAAAAUAUAUUGGCCUAAUGACGAUCGUAUAUGUGUGUGUGUGUACGCGCACAAACACGCAUAUUUUGAUUGGAAAACGCAAACGGAGACAGGUGCUCCGGGCGCCGAAAUCCGGAAUCGCGAAUCGAAUCAAGUGAGAAAAUGGGGUUGAGCAUUUGAGAAAAGAAAAACGUCCUUUCGCACUAAUAUUCCUACUUGCAGCGUACAAAGAAAUGACAAACGAGGAGCUACAAUUCGUGCUCCUCAACGGACUCUUCCAUCAGAACAAGAACAACGUGGCGAUUGUGAUCAACCGCGAUCAGAAGACGGGCAAAACGGCGACGAGUCAGAUGGACGCCACGUUCGGCAAAGCGGAAAGCCGCGCGGAAGCGCUCAAAGUGCUCAAGGCGGCGUACAAUAGCGCGAGAGUGCCGCUCGAGGUGCCGGCGUCGCUGAAAGCGAUCCCCGUGGCGCACGUGGAUCCGACGAGCGAGUGCGAGCUGCCGGCACCGUCUGAACCGUCGACUUCGUGCUCGCCGACGCCCUGCUGUUCGUCGUCGUCGGGCAUCUAUCCGAAAAUGUCGCGUGCGCACAACACGCCCGUCGAACCCGAAAUUAUCACGUUGAACUAA